GAUGGGGGGAAUCGAGGGCUUCGGGGACGCGGAGAGACACUUUCCUCUUCCCAAGGAGUGAGGGAGGGAGGUCCGCCGCUCUCGCGCCGGGCCACUUUCCGGGCGCGAUUCCCGGAGCUCCCUGCAGGAGGUGAAAGUCCCGGGCCAGCCCGGAUGGCGUAGUUGCGCCGAGGCGCAGCCGCUGCCGGAGGCGAGCGCUGGGCGGGGAAACUUUCCUCCGCUCUCCUCCAACUUGCGGCGGUGGAUCUGCCGUGACACACCGCGCGGGAGUUGCUGUACAGCCUUUGGAUGUGUCGCAAUUCUGACAGGAGCCAGGAGAAGGAUGACCCACUUGGAAAUUUGAAAAUUGCCAAGAGGGAUUUUCAGGCCACUUCUAAUUUUCAAAGAUUGUCUGUGAUCUGAAGAGCUAUUGGCUGUUGCAGAAAGAAAAAUGACGUCCCAGUAUGUGGUUGGUGUGUUUGCCUUGAUGAGUGCCUGUUUAGCCACUGCAGGUCCAGAGUCCAGUGCCCAGUGUGAACUGUCACCUGUCAAUGCCUCCCACCCCGUCCAGGCCUUGAUGGAGAGCUUCACCGUCCUGUCGGGCUGUGCCAGCAGAGGUACCACCGGGCUGCCACAGGAGGUACACGUCCUGAACCUCCGCACUGAUGAGAAAGGGUCUGACCAGCCGCGGAGAGAGGUCACACUGCACCUCAAUCCCAUCUCUUCAGUCCACAUUCACCACAAGCCCGUGGUGUUCCUGCUCAACUCCCCGCAGCCCCUGGUCUGGCACUUGAAGACAGAGAGACUUUCCGCUGGGGUCCCUAGACACUUCUUGGUGUCUCAGGGUUCUGUGGUCCGGUUUUCAUCAGGAAACUUCUCCUUGACAGCAAAAACAGAAGAAAGGAACUUCCCCCAUGGAAAUGAACAUCUGUUAAAUUGGGCCCAAAAGGAGUAUGGAGCAGUCACUUCAUUUACCGAACUCAAGAUAGCAAGAAACAUUUAUAUUAAAGUGGGGGAAGAUCAAGUGUUUCCUCCCACGUGCAAUAUAGGGAAGAAUUUUCUGUCUCUCAAUUACCUCGCUGAAUACCUUCAGCCCAAAGCAGCAGAAGGGUGUGUGAUGUCCAGCCAGCCCCGGGAUAAGGAAGUACACAUCAUCGAGUUAAUCACCCCCAGCUCUAAUCCUUACAGUGCCUUCCAGGUGGAUAUAAUAAUCGACAUAAGACCUUCUCCAGAGGAUCCUGCGGUGGUCAAAAAUCUUAUCCUGAUCUUGAAGUGUAAAAAGUCUGUCAACUGGGUGAUCAAAUCUUUUGAUGUUAAAGGAAACUUGAAAGUUAUUGCUCCCAACAGCAUUGGCUUUGGGAAAGAGAGUGAAAGAUCCAUGACGAUGACCACAUCGAUAAGAAAUGACAUUCCUUCCACUCAAGAGAACCUGGUGAAGUGGGCUUUAGACAACGGCUACAGUCCAGUGACAUCAUACACAGUGGCUCCUGUGGCUAACAGAUUUCAUGUUAGAGUUGAAAACAAUGAGGAAAUGAGAGAUGAGGAAGUCCAUACCAUCCCUCCUGGGCUGCAGAUCCUGCUGGACCCAGUCAUCCUGCCUGGCCCGGAGAAGCCACCCUUCCAGGGCGGGGGUGGCCGAACUGGAGGUCUCCCCUUUCCUUUCCCUGAUAUCUCCAGGCGAGCCUGGAGGGAAGGGGGAGAAGAUAGGAUCCUGAGGCCAAAGGAUUCCGUCAUCCCCAGCAUACAACUGUUUCCUGGUCCCAGAGAACCGGAAGAGGCACAAGGGAGCAUGGAUAUUGUCCCAUCGGUCAAAUGUGACAAUGAAAAGAUGAUAGUGGCUGUAGAAAAGGAUUCUUUUCAGACCAGCGGCCACUCGGGGAUGGAGCUCACUCUGUUGGAUCCUUCCUGCAAGGCCAAGAUGAACGGCACGCACUUCAUUUUGGAGUCUCCUCUCAAUGGCUGUGGAACUCGGCACCGGCAGUCAGCCUCUCAUGGUGUGGUUUACUAUAACUCUAUUGUGAUACAGGUUCCAUUGCCUGGGGACAGCAGUGGCUGGCCAGACGGUUAUGAAGAUUUGGAGUCAGGUGAUAAUGGAUUUCCAGGAGAUUUGGAUGAAGGAGAUGCUCUCCCCUUCAGCCGUCCUGAAAUUGUGAUGUUUAAUUGUAGCUUGAGGCAACUGGGGAAUCCCAGUAGCUUCCAGGAACGGCCCGAUGAAAACAUCACUUUCAACAUGGAGCUGUACACCACCGACCUCUUCCUGGUGCCCUCCCAAGGGGUCUUCUCCGUGGCAGAGAAUGGACACAUCUAUGUUGAGGUGUCUGUCACUAAGGCUGACCAGGAACUGGGAUUCGCCAUCCAAACGUGCUUUAUCUCUCCAUCUUCAAACCCGGAUAGAAUGUCUGACUACACCAUCAUUGAGAACAUUUGUCCUAAAGAUGAGUCUGUGAAAUUCUACAGUCCCAAGAGGGUGCACUUUCCUCUCCCACAAGCUGAGAUGGAUAAGAAGAGAUUCAGCUUUGUCUUUAAGUCCGUGUUCAACACCUCACUGCUCUUCCUACAGUGUGAGCUGACACUGUGCACCAAGAAGGACAAGGACCACCAGAAGUUGCCUAAGUGUGUGCCUCCCGACGAAGCCUGCACCUCUCUGGAUGCCGCCAUGAUCUGGGCCAUGAUGCAGAACAAGAAGACGUUUACCAAGCCGCUGGCCGUGAUCCACCAAGCACAACCCAAAGAAAAAGUUCCAAGCAUUAAGGAAUCAAAUCCAGUUCCUCCACAAAUUUUCCAUGGUCUGGACACCCUGACCGUGAUGGGCAUUGCCUUUGCAGCGUUUGUGAUCGGAGCACUCCUGACGGGGGCCUUGUGGUACAUCUACUCCCACACAGGGGAGACAGCAGGAAGGCAACAAGUUCCCACCUCCCCACCGGCCUCGGAAAACAGCAGCGCAGCUCACAGCAUCGGCAGCACACAGAGCACGCCCUGCUCCAGCAGCAGCACCGCCUAGCCACACCCAGCUGGGCCUCCACCCCGAGGGGAGAGGCUGACACUGAUGCCGCACAUCCAGAUUCAGAAGGCUUGACUUGGGUUCCCUUGUAAAGAGAGAGUGAAUUUCAGUGUAAAGAUUACCUGUUAUAUUCACCCCUCAUCAUGGCCGAUAGAAAUAUAACCCCUGGAUCUCUGCAAUGCACCAAUUCAUGUAGAAAAGCUAAGGUGGUGGCCUUCUCCACUGGCCCCGCCCAGGCUCGGGGGUUUUCAAUGUGAAACACAUGCCAGUUUUUAAAAUGCUGCUUUGUCCAGGUGAGAACAUCCAUAAUUUGGAGCCCUGAGUUUUACCUACACUCAAGGAAAUGGUCAAAGGGUAAUAGCUAGACAGUACACCCAGUGAGAAGUGGCCAAAGAGUCUUUUACAUCUGAACCAAGAUAUAAAACAAAAGAAAUGCUUCGAGGCUUUCUCAUGCACCUCAAUGCCUAAUCUGCACCCCAUCUGAAUGACACUUCUGUGGCCACACUCGGUGGGGUCUGAUGUGUGGCCUGCUGGGUGCUGCCCUCAGGGACUGCAUCCCUCCACGUGUCAAGGCAACAUUCCUUUCUUGUUCCCUGGGCCAAAACCAGUGCUGAUUACCUUGUCAGCUUCUUUAUCGCCCCCGCACGUGACACACACUGACUAGAAACAUGUCUUAAUGCAAAUUUUGUCUUUCUUAGAGGUAUGUAGAAAUUGAAACUGGCCAAGAUCUGGAACUGCAGAUUUGUACACUUUUUGUUCUGAUAAAUUAAUAUCUAAAUUGGGGCAAAAUUCAGUCAUAAAGUUGAGUCAUUUUCAAGGUGAUAUAUGUAUAUGAGUAUGUAAGUACAAGUAUAUAAUAUGUCAUCUGGCACAUUCAUUUCCUUAGUUGAAGUAAUCAAAACAGUUGCAGUGGCAGUUGUGCAUAAUAGCAGCUACUUGCCAAGGUGGAAGGUUCACAAGUUUCCCUAGCAAGAUCCCAUGUUAAAAAAAAAGAUGGAAAAAGAUCCAUUCCCAUUUUGAUAAUGUCUGCUGCUUCCAGAGUUGGAACUUAUUCUUAAGUAAUAUUUUGUAGAACGAGCAUUUCCAUUCAAUACUCAUCAACCUUUCUAAUAAGCCCUCGUAUGAAAAGCAAACUCUUAUGAAAUGUGAAUGCCUGGUAGAUCCUGUUGGAUUCUUAUUGGUGUCACCAGUUCUGCCAGGACACUGCUGAGCAGGGGGAAAGUGUAUUCAAUUGGUUUGCUUUUGUUCUCUUUCCUUAAUGUAUCCAAACUUAAAAGGAUUUGAAGUGAAUUUCGUUAAGUAGAUAAUACGAUGUCACAUUGCAGCUAAAAAACGCUCAGUGAUACCCGUAUGUUAAAAAAGAAUACCAGAAGGGAAUUUCCAUGCCAAAUCAUUUACUACUGACAUUGCACAUUACAUAGAAUUCUUUUUCCAUAGUCCUCCCCCAGCAACUUAUUAUUCCAUAAAUAGAACAGGUUAGAUUCUGUCCUAAAACACUCAGAACCAAAUUCCACUGCCUUUAAAAUAUAGCAGUUGUACCUGGUCCGCUGUGAAUGGAACCCUACAUAGGAAAUGUUGAUGAAACUCAGAACCUUAAAGCAGUGUCUACAAGGCCAACAGGUGGAUAGAGAUGGACAAUCACUACUACACAGUCAUUAAGAACCAUUGACUGGAUGGAUGUAGACAUUCGAAUGGGAUAAUUUUAACCAAAGCAGACUAUUUAGCAGCUGAGAUUUCCAGGCUAUCUACAUUGAUAUAUUGAACAUUGUUUUUAGAUUUUCAUAUACAUAUGAGGACAACACAAAACAAGGAAAAUGUUUUCCUUUAAUUUUUUAACAUAAGGGUAUCAUAGCAGAGGGCCUAGAUUACGCUACCUGUGUUUGAAAAUAAUGCGCUUUGCCUAACCUUCAGCAGAAUGUAUUGUUUUAGCAUAUUCUAUGUAUAAAAAAGUUUAAAGAUGUCUUCAAAGAAGACUAGAGUCUUUAAGUCACUUAUAGCUAUAUUUUACUACAAAAAUUUGUGUAUAAAGAUAUAUUUAAGUGUUUUAGAUAAAUUUAAGUUACUCCAUAUGAAAUGUUUAAUUUCAGUUACUGUGAAUUCUUCGAUCAGUUCUUUCCUUUAAAAAAAAACCCUUUCCAUCUUUUAAAAAGAAAAUUAGCUAUGAGGAAGUAUUAAAAGAUGCAUUUCUUAGAUGGUAGGGUUCAAAACUUCUGUAAUAUAUUUAGAUGUAUAUUUUUGAGAGAGUUCCUACAGUGCCAAUGAUUUUAUAAAUAAUUUUAAAUUAAUUUACAAAUUUAUAGAUGCAAGCCAAAAUAUUUUUUAAAAAGAGAAAAGAAAACAAUCAGCCUUUAUUUGUUUGGGUCUCAUUGUCAGAAGUACUAUUCACAUAGAGAAAUUCAUAUUAACAAAACUUAAUCGUAUAUUGGAGAGUAAAUAUCCUUAAGUACUUUUUUUUAAAUAGGGUGUUUCUCCCUAGCUUCUUGUUACAGCACUUCUGAUUGCUUCAUCCUCCACAGUUUUAAUACAAAGUACAAGCUCUACUUUUAUAACAUGUUCUGCAAGUUUCUUUAAAACCGUUGUUAUAUUCCAGUUGAACUCCCUUCCAUCAGCAAAGCCUAAUGUUAUUUCUGCAGUACACCCAUAAUCCACAAGGCCCAUUUUGUAUUUUGUUUGUUGAUACUGAAGCUAUUGUUGAAAUGCUCUGAAUUCCACCACAGAUAAUCUGUGUAACACCUCUAGCUUUCCACUGUGUAGGGUUCACGAGCUGUUCCUCUGUACUUUAAAAAGUCAUCAAUUUCUUCUGUGUAAGCUGUUUUUGUAGCAUUUUCUGAACACAAAAUGCUCUUUUCCUUGUCUGGCAAUAUGAUUGUAAAUCUAUUUCCUGCGUGUUCUAGGCAGGUGUGACUGUGCGUGUGUGUGGGGUGCGUGUGUGCCUACCAGUCUUUUUGUACUGUAACUACCUCAUGGUUUGAAUGAUGACUGCUUACUGCUGGUUGUGUUAACAGCACACAUUUUGUUGGGCGAGUCCUAAGUGUGGUUUUUUCCUGUUUGUUUUAUCUGGGGGUUGUUCAUGAUACUGACAGGUAUUUUUCUAAAAAUGACCAUUAUCAGUUUCAGAAUACAAUACUUCUCUCUUCUGGUUUUUCCUGAAUGAGCCUGAUUUUGUUGCUGUUUUUCAUCACCUAUGAGGGUAGAAAGAGUAACCCGAAAAUCCCUGUGGCCAGUUUGAACACCCCUGUUGUAGUCUUUGUUUGGUGUGUCAGCAACUUUGUGAACGUGCUUAGAUGUGUAGUCUUGAUAACCACAGUUUUAAGUCCUUUAUCUGUGCAUAAUAAAAAGAUAUAUAUCAAUUAUGAA